CCUCCAAUUCCCAAACCCAUUUCUCUCUCUCUCUCUUAUCUCUAUAUCUCUCUCUCUUUGUAUCUAUAGGCUCUUGCUGUUUUUUCAGUGUCUCAGAAGGCGUUACGUUACUACUGUUACUGAUCCUAAUCCUAGUAUUCUACACCGUUCCUUGGCAUUGAAGAUUUGAAGAAGAAGAAGAAGCCGUUCAAGCUGGCGAUCGACAAUCACGAAACCACCGUCCGGGAAUUCAAGCCCAAGAACCGGCGAAUCAUGGGAGCUGGAGGGCCGGACGAGGACGAUAACCGGUGGCCGCCAUGGCUGAAGCCUCUGCUCCAAGAGCGAUUCUUCGUUCAAUGCAAACUCCACGCCGAUUCCCACAAGAGCGAAUGCAAUAUGUACUGCCUUGACUGCACCAAUGGCGCUCUUUGUUCCCUCUGCUUGGCCAAUCACAAAGACCACCGCGCCAUUCAGAUACGGAGGUCUUCGUACCAUGAUGUGAUCAGAGUGAAUGAGAUUCAGAAGUAUUUGGACAUUUCUUCGGUUCAGACCUACAUUAUCAACAGCGCUAAAGUUGUGUUCUUGAAUGAACGGCCACAGCCAAGGCCGGGAAAGGGCGUUACUAAUACCUGUGAGGUCUGUGAGCGUAGUCUCCUUGAUAGCUUCCGCUUCUGCUCUCUCGGUUGCAAGAUUGUUGGGACAUCCAAUAAUUUCGUGAAGAAGCCGAAGCAAUUCUCGGAGAAGAAGAGGGCCGCCGCCGCUGCCGCGGCGGCGUCGGAUUCCGAGGACUCCUACAGCAGCAUCAGCCACGGCCGGCACGGCGGCGCCGGGAAGAUUCACAGCUUCAGCCCGUCAACGCCGCCGCCGACUUCUGGCAACUUCAGGGCGGCGAAGAGAAGAAAGGGAAUUCCUCAUAGGGCCCCAAUGGGAGGACUGAUCAUAGAGUUCUACUAAAAGCAAAUUUGCUAAUCAGCCCCUCAAUAUUUCUCCUAAUCAUGAAAAUCCCCCCAACACUUGCGCUUUUUACCUUAAAGGCCAGUGUGACAGUGUCUCCCCCCCCCCUCUAGCCCCACCCCACCCCCCAUCAUAUAUUGUACAUAGUAGAAGACGCUAAUACAAGAAUGCUGCUGGGAAAAAGAAGAAGAAAAAAAAAUGCAGGAGCAGAAAUGGGAAUAAGGAAAAGUGGAAGGACUAAAGUCUAAAUUUGUUAAUGUAGAAGUUGGGCUUAGAAAAUAAGCUAUAAUAUAUUAUUAUAUAUUAUAUAGUAUGAUGAUGGUGAAAUGUCAAAUACUCCGUACUAGAGAGUGUUUAUACAUAUAAGAAAGUUUUGUUUGUAUAAAAUGAAAAAAAUGUAUAUACUUUGCCUCUUUGUGUUACAAUAUUUUAACAAUGCCCUUAUAUAA